AUGAAUCAUCACUCUCUUCCUUUUGUCUUCUUCCUCCACCUAAUCCUCUUCCUUUCCCAAGAUUUUCCCACAUUUUCUCACCGUUUCUCGCCGCCACUACACAACUUAACUCUCUACGGCGACGCCUACUUCCGAGACCGUACAAUCUCCCUCACCCGACAACAACCCUGCUUUCCCUCCGCCACAACAUCUCCGUCAAACCCAUCUCCCUCCGGCUACGGACGAGCCCUCUACGUUUACCCAAUAAAGUUUCUCGAACCUUCAACAAACACAACCGCUUCUUUCUCUUGCCGCUUCUCCUUCUCCAUCAUGGCUUCACCUUCUUGCCCUUUUGGUGACGGUUUCGCUUUCUUGAUCACAUCCAAAGCUGACUCCUUGGUCUUCUCUAAUGGCUUCUUUGGCCUACCAAACCCGGAUGAUUCUGAUUCUUCCGUCAUCGCCGUCGAGUUUGAUACUCGGUUUGACCCGGGUAACGGCGAUAUUAACGAUAACCACGUUGGGAUUGAUGUUAAUUCGAUCGUCUCUGUUGCUUCUGUUGAUGCGUUAUCAAAAGGGUUUGAUCUCAAGAGUGGGAGAGAGAUGAUGGCGUGGAUUGAGUAUAGUGAUGCUCUUAAACUCAUUAGGGUUUGGGUUGGGUAUUCACGUGUUAAGCCUACGAGUCCUGUUUUAGCAACACAGAUUGAUCUCUAUGGUAAAGUAAAGGAGUAUAUGCACGUUGGUUUCUCUGCUUCAAAUGCUGCUACGGGUCCUGGGUCAGCUUUNAUAAGCAUGCACUUAUAA